UGAACAGCUCAACCAGUUGGUGCGAGUUGCUCGAACGCGUCGGUUGGCUUUUUCCAAAGCUCUUUUUCGCUGUCAUUCAGUGUUUUUAGCGCAAUUAUUUUUGGUAGAAACGAAAGUGUGUUCAACUUAUAAUUUGUAUUUUUCAAAUUAAUUCAAAAAGGUUAAUACCAGAUAAGUAGCUGUAGAAGAGGCCAUAGUACAUUUUGUAACAUUUAUUUCCAUAUUAAUUUCGAUGCUUGCCCGAUUAUCGAAAUACUAUAAUUAUAUAAUAUAAACUAAGAGCAAGCGGAUAUUAAAGUGCACAGUUCUGCUUGGACUAUAAGCUUCACAUCAUGGCAGAUACCGCCGCUCAUCCUAUGGAUGAGUUUUGUGGCACAAAAUUUUGGGACUCAAAUGAAACGUGGUGGACAAGUGAUCCAGAUUUUACUAAAUGCUUUGAAAAGACUGUUUUGGUGUGGGGCCCAUGCGCCUUCCUCUGGGUGUUCUCCAUAUUUGAUUUUUACUAUCUAAAAGCGAGUUUAGAUAAGAAUAUACCAUGGAAUAAGCUUAAUUUAAGCAAAUUAGCGGUGAAUGGGGCGUUGCUUGUGCUUUCGGCUGUAGAUUUUGCGAUUGCAAUGGUGAAGAAAGGAGAUGAAGGGACGGCUACCCGUAUUUAUCCAGUCGAUAUAUGGGGACCAAUAAUAAAAUUUGCUACAUUUUUAUUGCUGUUCAUUUUUAUACCACUAAAUCGAAAAUAUGGUGUGCAGACAUCGGGUGCACAAUUUCUCUUUUGGUUUCUGCUUGUAAUAUUUUCAAUACCUCAAUGUCGUACCGAGGUGCGGGAGAAAAAUGAAAGAAACAAGAUAUUGAACUCUGAAGUAGCAGAUAAACCUGAUUAUUCUUGGGAAGAAUACAAUUAUGUGAGCUACAUGAUUUAUUUCGCAUUUUCAUGCGCUAUGCUACUGCUGAAUUGUUUCGCGGAUGCCAUGCCAAGGGAAACUAAAUACAAACGCACUUAUAACGAAAUACCAGAGAGUUCGGCUAGUUUCUUAUCGCGUAUAACAUACACAUGGUUUGAUGUUAUGGCGUGGAAAGGCUAUCGUAAUCCUUUGGAAGAGAAGGACCUUUGGGACUUGCGCCCACAAGACAGCUGUAAAGAAGUCAUGCCAAUAUUUGCUUACUAUUGGAAUAAGAAUGUGCGUAAGAAUACUAAAACACGGACUCCAACUCCAACCCAACCAAAGGCUCAAUAUAGUAAUGGAAAAGUAGAGUUUGAAAACCCACAUGGACGAAAUACCGGCAAGAAGGGUGUGACUUCAAUUAUGCCGCCAAUCAUUAAAUCAUUUGGUGGAGUAUUUUUGCUUGGUUCGCUAAUGAAGUUGAUUUGCGAUGUAUUAACUUUUGCACAACCUCAAGUGCUAAGUUUAAUUAUUGGUUUUGUGGAAGAUUACUCCGAUGACGAAAAGGACAGGCAACCCCAAUGGAAGGGCAUACUCUAUGCGGCACUUCUUUUUAUUACUGCUGGUGCACAAACUUUUAUGUUGGGACAGUAUUUUCAUCGCAUGUUCGUUGUUGGUCUACGUAUACGCACAGCGCUGAUCAAUGCAAUAUAUCGCAAAGCUUUACUUAUAUCGAAUGCAACACGUAAGGAAUCGACAGUAGGCGAAAUUGUAAAUUUAAUGGCGGUCGAUGCACAACGCUUUAUGGAUUUAACAACAUAUUUGAAUAUGAUUUGGUCAGCGCCAUUACAAAUUGCGCUAGCUAUGUACUUCUUGUGGCUACAAUUGGGACCCUCAGUGCUAGCUGGUUUAGCAGUGAUGGUUAUUUUGAUUCCAGUCAACGGUGUUAUUGCCAAUCGCAUUAAAGUAUAUCAAAUAAGACAAAUGAAGUACAAGGAUGAGCGUGUCAAGUUAAUGAAUGAGGUGUUGAGCGGUAUCAAGGUACUUAAAUUAUACGCCUGGGAACCAAGUUUCGAAAAUCAAGUAUUGCGUAUACGUGAAAAGGAAAUAGCAACUUUAAAAUCCACAGCAUACCUGAACGCUGGUACCUCCUUCCUAUGGUCUUGUGCACCCUUCUUGGUAUCAUUGGUCACAUUCGCUACGUAUGUUUUAAUUGAUGAAAACAAUAUUCUUGAUGCAACUAAAAUAUUCGUAUCAUUAUCAUUAUUCAACAUUUUACGCUUCCCAUUAAUAAUGUUGCCCAUGUUGAUAUCCAACAUGGUACAAACACAAGUAUCUGUGCAACGUAUUAACAAGUUUAUGAAUAGCGAGGAGUUGGAUCCAAACAGUGUACAGCAUGAUCCUAAAGAAUGUGAUCCCUUGAUCAUUAGAAAAGGCAAAUUCUCUUGGGGUGAAGGCGAAGAGACAUUGAAAAAUAUUGAUAUGACCGUAAGAAAGAAUACAUUGUGUGCUGUUGUUGGCACUGUUGGCUCGGGUAAAUCUUCACUCAUACAAGCGCUGCUUGGCGAGAUGGAUAAAUUGUCAGGUCGCGUAAACACCGUCGGAUCGAUUGCCUAUGUGCCGCAACAGGCAUGGAUACAAAAUGCCACUGUGCGUGAUAAUAUUCUCUUUGGUUUGGAAUAUGAUCGCAAGCGUUAUAAUCGCGUUGUAGAUGCUUGUGCACUGCGUUCAGAUAUUGAAAUGCUAUCGGCAGGCGAUCAGACUGAAAUCGGUGAAAAGGGCAUUAAUUUAUCUGGUGGUCAAAAGCAACGUAUCUCAUUGGCGCGCGCUGUUUACAGUAAUGCCGAUGUAUAUCUGCUCGAUGAUCCGUUAAGUGCUGUCGAUUCACAUGUGGGUAAACAUAUUUUCGAAGAAGUGGUCGGACCGAAUGGUCUCUUGGCGAAGAAGACACGUGUACUGGUAACACAUGGCAUUACGUUCCUGCCACAAACGGAUAAUAUAUAUGUUAUGAAAAUGGGUGAGAUUAGCGAAAGUGGUACCUAUCAGGAGUUGUUGGCGCGUAAAGGUGCCUUUGCUGAAUUCAUAAUACAACAUUUGCAAGAGGCUGCGGAGGAAGUAGAGGAUUUGGAUGAGAUUAAACAACAGCUGGAGGGUACUGUGAAAUCAGAAGAACUACUGGGUACAUUCGAAAAGGUCAUAUCGUUGGCGCGUACUGAAAGUUUAUCGGAUUCUGUCUCUGUGAAAUCAUUAGAUAGCAGUAAAGGCAGCUUGCGACGACGAAAAACGGGUCGUCAAGAUUCUGUGGUGUCUGCUAUUUCGACAGUGUCGCAGCAGAAGAAAUUGGCCGUGGAUGAGGGUAAACUAAUUGAAACUGAGAAAUCGGAAACCGGUGGCGUACAACUAGCUGUUUACAAGCAUUACAUUAAAAGUGUUGGCAUUUUCCUAUCCCUCGCAACCUUAAUUUUGAAUUUCGUCUAUCAGGCAUUUUCAAUUGGUUCGAACUUGUGGCUCACACAGUGGUCCAAUGAUAAGCGUGUAGAAAAUGACACUAGCUUGCGUGAUAUGUAUUUGGGCGUGUAUGGUGCUUUCGGUUUUGGACAAGGCUUGUUUGCCUAUUUCGCCGUCAUUUUGCUGUACACUGGCGCUCUGAAGGCAGCCGAGCUACUUCAUAACGACCUGCUCUAUCACAUAAUACGCGCAUCAGUUUGCCAAUUCUUCGAUGUUACGCCAUUGGGACGUCUGCUGAAUCAUUUUAGCGGCGAUAUGGAAGUUAUCGAUGAAGAAUUUCCCGGCACAUUGGAUAGUUUUUUUACGUUAAUUUUUAUGGUCUUAGCCACCAUUGUGGUCAUAAGCAUGUCCACGCCGAUUUUCUUGGCGGUCAUUGUGCCCAUUGCAUUGCUGUAUUACUUUGCGCAACGCUUCUAUGUCGCCACAUCACGCCAACUGAUGCGUUUGGAAUCAGUCUCGCGUUCGCCAAUUUAUACACAUUUCAGCGAAACAAUUACAGGUGUGACAACCAUACGCGCCUACAUGGUGCAAGAUCGCUUUAUCGAUGAAUCCGAUAAUCGUGUGGACAAAAAUCAGGUCUGCAAAUAUCCAUCAUUGAUAGCGAAUCGUUGGCUUGCCAUACGCCUGGAAAUGGUUGGCAAUUUAAUCAUUCUAUUCGCUGCUUUAUUCGCCGUAUUGGGUGGCCAAUCGAAUCCCGGUCUAGUUGGUCUAUCCGUCAGUUAUGCCUUGCAAGUGACACAAACACUCAAUUGGUUGGUGCGUAUGACAUCCGAUAUUGAGACAAAUAUUGUGGCUGUGGAACGUAUUAAGGAGUAUGGUGAAACCAAACAAGAAGCGCCUUGGGAGCUGGAGAACUCGAAAGUGCCACGUGAUUGGCCAGUGGAGGGUCAAGUUGUGUUUGAUAAUUUCAAAGUACGCUAUCGUGAGGGUUUGGAUUUGGUUUUGCAUGGCGUUAGCUUUACCAUUGCUGGUGGUGAGAAAGUCGGUAUUGUGGGUCGUACAGGUGCUGGCAAAUCGAGUUUGACGCUGUCUCUGUUCAGAAUUAUCGAGGCCGCUGGUGGACGCAUUCUCAUUGAUGGCAUUGAUAUUGCAACCUUGGGUUUGCAUAUGCUACGCUCACGACUCACAAUUAUACCUCAAGAUCCAGUACUGUUCUCCGGAACACUGCGCAUUAACUUAGAUCCAUUCGAAGUAAAGUCGGACGAUGAACUGUGGAAAGCGCUGGAGCUGUCACAUUUGAAAGCGUUUGUCAAAUCAUUACCCGCCGGCUUGAAUCAUGAGAUUAGUGAAGGUGGUGAAAAUUUAUCGGUAGGACAGCGGCAACUUGUCUGUUUGGCGCGUGCGCUAUUGCGUAAAACAAAAGUAUUAGUGUUGGACGAAGCGACAGCCGCUGUCGAUUUAGAAACUGAUGACUUAAUUCAGAAAACAAUUCGUUCAGAAUUCAAGGAUUGCACUGUGCUAACAAUUGCCCACCGUUUGAAUACAAUAUUAGACUCCGAUAAGGUUAUUGUGCUGAAUAAGGGUGAAAUUACUGAAUUUGCUUCGCCCACAGAACUACUUGAUAAUCCGCAUUCGGCAUUCUACAGUAUGGCAAAGGAUGCCAAUCUAGUGUAAUUUUGUAUAAUAAUAAAUGCAUAUAAUUUUACUUUGGUUUAUGCAGUUAUGCAGUUUAUGUGCUAAGGAUAAAGUUAACAUUAUUGAAUGUGUCAGUAUAGUACUUAUUUGUAAGAGCAAAAGCAAACACACAUAUAAAGCGCCGUUAAAGCAGAGCAAUUACUAAUAAACAACAUAUUUACACUAA